AUGAGAGACGAAACUUCCAUUAAAGUAAUCGACUUAGAUGGUCAUCAAGGUGGAACGAAGGGAUGUCUUACCGAACGUGAAGUAUUCAGAAACAGGCAUCGAAACCUUGUAAAGAUCCUUAAUGCUUGUUCCAGUAUGGAUUUCAAGGCCUUGAUUUUGGAAUAUAUGUCGAACAGGAACUUGGAAACUUGGCUUCACAGAAGAGGGGGUGGUCAAUCAGAAUCGUGGCUGACUAUGAAACAAAGGAUAGACAUAACUUUAGAUGUAGAAGCUGCAAUGGAUUAUCUUCACCAUGGAUUAGAAACUCCUAUGGUUCAUUGUGAUCUAAAGCCGAGUAAUGUUCUUUUGGAUGAACAGAUUAAAGGAUCUCGUUUUACAAAGAACCUAUGA